ACGUCGGGGAAAAAAAAAAAAAAACCCAUCGCCCUCCGGCCCGGCUCGUGCGCCCGCCCGCGACUCGGCGAGCCACCUCGGUUACUGACCUGCCCACCACCACUGCGGCCACAUCCCAACAAGGCAACAACCUCCGCUGCCGCGCGCGGCGGAUGGCAACGGCCGCCUCCGCCUCCCCCGGCGCGCUGGGCGCCAAGUCCCCCGCACGGGGGCCGAGCCCGACCAAGCCGGGCCCAUUCGCGAGGCCCUCCUCCUCCCCGCGCGCCUCCGGCAGGCUCCGCGCCAGCCUCCACCUCGGCGGCGCCGGCGCGGCCCUCAGCAGCAGCGCCGCGUCCGCCGCCUCCGCCGCCAACGGCAGCGGCCUCCACGCGCCCCCCGCGAUCGCGCCGCUCGCCCUGCCCAAGAUGGCCGGCGCCAGGGGGACCCACAAGAGCAUCCUGCUCUUCUACUGCGAGGAGAUGCGGGACCUCGCCAAGCAGGUGGUCGCGCGGAACGACGACAUCGAGCUGCGCUCCAUCUCCUGGAGGACAUUUGCUGAUGGAUUCCCAAAUUUGUUCAUCUCGAAUGCCCAUAGCAUUCGUGGGCGGCAUGUUGCUUUUUUAGCAUCAUUUAGCUCGCCCAAUGUCAUAUUUGAGCAACUAUCUAUCAUAUAUGCUCUGCCAAAGCUGUUUAUUUCUUCGUUUACUCUUAUACUCCCGUUUUUUCCAACCGGGACUUCUGAGAGAAUGGAAGAUGAAGGAGAUGUUGCAACCGCGUUCACACUUGCCAGAAUUUUGUCACAUAUACCAAUAUCACGAGGUGGACCUUCGAGUUUAGUGAUUUUUGAUAUCCAUGCUUUGCAGGAGAGAUUCUACUUUGGAGACUCAGUCUUACCAUGUUUUGAGAGUGGUAUCCCCUUGCUAAAAAGUAGGCUUCAGGAGCUGCCGGAUUCCCAUAACAUAACCAUAGCAUUUCCAGAUGAUGGUGCAUGGAAGCGCUUCUAUAAGCAACUUCAACAUUUUCCCAUGGUUGUAUGUAACAAAGUUAGAGAAGGGGAUCAGAGAAUUGUACGGAUAAAAGAGGGAGAUCCUAGUGGCCGUCAUGUUGUUAUAGUCGAUGACUUGGUGCAGUCUGGUGGUACUCUGAUUGAGUGCCAGAAAGUACUGGCAGCUCAUGGAGCAGCAAAGGUCAGUGCAUAUGUGACACAUGGCAUUUUCCCCAAUAACUCAUGGGAGAAAUUUCAGCAUGAUAAUGGAGAGGGUCCAGAGCAUGGCCUGAGCCACUUUUGGCUUACCGAUUCAUGCCCUCUAACUGUCGAGGCGGUGAAGGACAGGCGGCCAUUUGAAAUUCUAAGCCUGGCUGGACCUAUUGCUUCUGCUCUUCAGAUCUAGCAAAGUUUGGUCUGCUUGGUCCCUUGGGAUGGUGUUGCGUGUUCUGUUCAGUUCAUUCUUCUUCCUUUUCAUUUUUUUUUGAGGAUCUUUAUGUUUCUCCUUUCUCCAACUAGAAGGCAUUUUGCUAAUGUAUUUACUAGAGAAAACCAUCAGCAUGGUAGACCCUCAACAGCAGGGUGCAUUCAUCGAGACAUUCGUAGGGUAGUCUGUUCAAUAAUUUGGCUGAGCAAGCCAGGUGUCUAUCUAUGUUAUAUAAAUAAAAACUCUCAAAUAAAGUGCCAGUGAGCUCCCUCCUUGCAUUUUCUACUCA